AAGAAAAUUAGAUUUUUUUCUUCGAGAAAAAUUACAGAAAAAAUUGCAAAAAUUUAAAGAUUCUGUCAGAUUCAUGGGUGUUAGUUAUCGUUGAGGGACCCAGAGAACCUCUUCUCAUAGUUCACGGCUUCCCUUCCGAAAAGAAAGGAUUUUUACAUCUGGGUCGUUGUUUAUUCUUCAGGGGAGUGCUUAUUUGAAUCGGUUUCAGUUAAGGACGUUUAAAAAUCAGAGGGAAACUAUGAGCAAUCUGAGAACCCUAUGUAGACCUCAAACGCUGUUCUCUUUCAUUAGUUGUAGACACCAAUUUCGAUUUAGGGCUUCGUUUCGAAACCCUAAUUGCAAGCCCCGUUUGCCAUCGCCUUCUCUGUAUUUUACGACCGGUUCUUCCGGUUCGAAUCCCUGGUUUCGCGUGAAUCAGAGGAGAACUGUGGCCAAGGCAUCAAACUGGGCUGAACAAAAAUCCCCAUAUGAAACACUUGAAUUGGAAGGAGAUGCUGAUGAUGAGCAGAUAAAGAUUGCUUAUAGACGUUUGGCCAAAUUUUAUCAUCCAGAUGUCUAUGAUGGUAGAGGAACCCUUGAGGAAGGUGAAACAGCAGAAGCUAGGUUCAUCAAGAUUCAAGCUGCUUAUGAACUGCUUAUAGAUGGGGAGAGGCGGAGACAAUAUGAUAUGGAUAACAGGGUCAACCCUAUGAAGGCAUCUCAAGCGUGGAUGGAGUGGCUUAUGAAAAAGCGAAAAGCUUUUGAUCAGCGGGGUGAUAUGGCAAUUGCUGCUUGGGCUGAGCAGCAACAGCGCGAGUUGAAUAUUCGUGUGCGUCAACUUUCCCGUUCAAAGAUAGAUCCUGACGAAGCAAGGAAGAUCUUGGCAAGAGAAAAGAAGGCUUCAGCUGAAUAUUUCUCUAAUACCCUUAAAAGACACACACUUGUACUGAAGAAAAGAGAUUUGAUGCGAAGAAAAGCUGAGGAAGAAAAGAAGAAGACUAUUAGCCGGCUCUUGGCAGAUGAAGGUCUUGAACUUGAUCCAGAUAGUGAUGAUGAGACACUGUAGUGAACAUUGGACUUGGUUUCCACUUUCCAAUAGCUUAAUAUUUUAUUUAAUACCAUCGUGUCUCCUUCCAUGAAUCUAAUUAUUCUUUAAUUAUUAUACAAAAGAUAUAUGUACAUGUGUAUUUGUUAUUUCCAGUCUCAAAUCAGAAGUUAGUUUUUUUUU